AUGUCUGAGCGCACUUUUACUGCACGGCCAUUGCCGAAACAGCAGGCUCGAAAGGACCUCAAAGAUGCCUUCCGGGUUCAUCUUUCUUCCUCUUCGCUAGCUGCACUGAGACUCCAAACCGAGGGCAUAUGCAUUCUACAGCAAGGGGAAGGGCCACCAAGGACCGCAAUUGCGUGGUAUGCAUCGGAAAACAUCCAAAGCACGGUGAUGCAAAUAUCUAAAACCCUGCAAGAGUGCUAUGAGAUCAAAAUCGGAGAGAAGGUCGCAAUCACGAGAGCGGAAGGUCCUCUGGAAGUGAUUCAAAGUGUAACAUUAACGGAUUCCUCUGAUGCCGACAAAAUCGAAAGAUAUGGCUCUAUAUCAGACAGUGACAGACCACACUGGGAAUGGGCCCUGGAUGAAAAGCUCCUCAGAUGUGGAUCCCUGACGACGGGGUUGACCUUUGAUCUAGAGCUUCGGGGCCAACACCGAAGUUUCAAAGUGGCCAGCAUUCGCUCACAGAACCCGGGAUCCAGUCAUACGCUUUUCCAGUUCACGGAGGCCUCGCGCACUUCCCUUGGACCGGUCAUAGAUGAGAAAGAAGAGAUCACAUCAUCGGGCAUUGAAGUGCAGCCCACCGGCCUCGGGGGGCUCUCGCGUCAGAUCAACGACAUCAAUGAGAGUUUGUCUGAUUUCAACAACGACCCCCGAAAGCCUGCUAUGCCGGAAUUUUACGAAAGUGGCCGAGGGAUCCUGCUAUAUGGACCCAAGGGAACCGGUAAGACCAGUCUUCUGAAUCAGAUUGAGAAGGCUGGUUGGAAACAAACCUUCAAAAUUGGCUCGUCAACUCUGGGUCGGAGCACUGGGGAAAGUGAACUUAAGCUCCGUAACAUUUUCCAAGAGGCAGCUCGCUCCAAACCCAGCGUGAUCAUUAUUGACCAACUGGAAUUCAUUGCCCCGAAGCGAACCUCCAUUGAGUCGCAAUCUCUCGCCUCUGUCCUAUGUGAGAAUCUUGACUCCAUCAGAAAUGCAUCAAUUCUCGUUGUGGCUGCAACCCGGCACCCUAAUCAAGUUGAUGAUGCCCUAAGAACACCCCAUCGCCUUGGAACCGAGAUUGAGCUCCAAGUCCCCACAUCUCAAGAUCGAGCAGAGAUACUACGAGCGAUUCGUGGGCCGAUUACUGCGGGCUUGACCGAUGAGCUUGUCGAUUUGCUAGCUGAAAAAACACACGGAUAUGUUGGAGCCGAUCUUUUUGCGCUCUUGCAACUCGUCUGCCGCAAAGCCCGACAGAGGCAGCUCUCAGAACAACCCGUUACGGCCCUUUUCACAGCCCUUUCAAUGAAUCCCACGGACAAAAAUGACGCUUCGAUGCCUACAGACUCUAGCAACGAAGACUUGGUUAUCCCGUUGCAAAUCCAGGAAGCAGACAUUUCUCUCUCUUUACAAGAAAUCCGACCUACAGCCAUGCGCGAAGUAUUCUUAGAAACACCCAAAGUCAGAUGGUCUGACAUUGGAGGACAACAUGAGAUCAAAAAACGUCUUCAACAAGCCGUUGAACGGCCCUUGAAGUAUCCCCAACGUAUGCGCCGACUCAACGUAAAUAGCAAGAAAGGCGUUUUACUUUACGGACCUCCAGGUUGUUCCAAAACUUUGACUGUUAAAGCCCUGGCUACUGAGGCUGGGCUUAAUUUCCUCGCAGUCAAGGGAGCAGAGAUCCUCAGCAUGUAUGUCGGAGAGUCCGAGCGAUCCCUGAGAGAGAUUUUCAGGAAAGCGCGUGCCGCACGACCCAGCAUCAUCUUUUUUGACGAGAUUGAUGCCAUCGCUGCUCGGCGCGGCAGCAGUUCUGGUGGAGUGAACGUCCUCACCACGUUACUCAACGAGAUGGAUGGCAUCGAAGAGCUCCGAAACGUGCUGGUGAUUGCCGCCACCAACAAGCCCGACGUUUUAGAUCCGGCCUUGAUGCGCCCGGGGCGCUUGGACAACAUCCUCUACAUUGGUCCCCCAGAUUUCGAAGCCCGCAAGGAGAUCAUCCGCAUCUGGGCCAACAAAUCCGUGAUCAACCCGGAUGUUGACCUGGACGACCUGGCCUCUCUGACGGAAGGUUAUUCUGGUGCUGAAAUCGUGAGUAUCUGUGAAACCGCUGGAGAUGCGGCUCUUGAUGAAGAGGAGGAAACCCAACAAGAGUUGGAUGUGCAAUGGAAGCACUUUGAGUAUGCUCUAGGUCAGGUGCGACGGCAGAUCACCGAUACAGUUCUCCAAGAGUACGAACAAUGGAGAGAGGGACAAAAAUAG